ACAGAUACCCAAAAACAUUAGCACUGGGAUUAAAAUGACAUUUUUGUAAAAAAUAUAUAAUGGUUUUAAACACACAAAAUAAAGGAGUCUAGUGAUGAAAUAUGUUGACAUAGAGUGUAGAUGCAUGAAGACACGUUGACAUUUACCUUUUUUGAAUACUGUGGAGCUCCAAGGAUUCAGGGUUAUUGUAUCCAGAGUCCACUUCCAACUAGACAACUAGUAUAACUUGUGAUGGGCUCUACAAUGUGAAAAGCAUUACAUGGAUGAUGGAAUACAACUGCAAGAAAUGGUUGUGUGAAAUGUUUAUGCGAAAUUAGGUUCAAACCAGAGUUUCUGACACUGUUGACACAACCAAGUCAAAGUCUAUUGUAUACACAACUGUGUGAGGUUAAAUGCAAUUACAUUAAAAGAACCAAAAGUAUGACAUCAUUGCACUGUAUUUGACUUUCACUGACAGAUUCUGGUACAAGCCACGCCCUGAAACCAAGUUCUCGACACUCCUAUAUUCGUCAUACACUCAUGUAUUACACAUAUGGUCUCUAAUCUUUCCUCCAAUUGGAUGUCUAUUACAAAUAGUGAAUGAAUUGACUUCAGCUCCCAAGGACCAGGGAAGGAGAGUUGGAGACCACUUAUUUUAUAAAUCGUCCCAUAUUUCCUGGUGUCCAUUCCAUUCACUCCAUCGCUGCGAGACAAUGAAGGAUACACACACCCUGCUCAAUCUGCUUCUGCUGCUAGUGUACCUGGCAGGAUCAGCUGUGACCACUGAUGGAGGGAAGGACAGUACCGGUGGUCCCUUGGAACUAACCAUUUUGGGACCAGACUUUGUGACUGUGGGCGUGCCAUGCAGUUUUGACUGUACCGCCCAGUGCUCUCCUUCCUGUAGCUACAGAAUGAGUAUCGACGGGCAGAUUGGACAGGGGAACGAGCUGUUCUUCACAGCUCGCCAAUGGGAAGAGUCCCUAAACCUCACAUGCACCGCAAGGAAUGAUGACUCUGGGAGGUCCUCUACAGUAUCUAAGAUACUGCAGGUUUUAGCUGGACCAACCAACGUAUCAAUCACAGGCCCUGCCCUGAUGACCCCAGGGGCCCCUCAAAGUUUCCAGUGUAACGCCGACUGCCGUCAGUCCUGCAACUACACAUGGGGGAUAAAUGGCCGAUGGCUCGGGGGACAGGGGAACGAGAUUACUGUAACUCCCGAAGAAUUGGCCACCUCUGUUACCCUGAACUGCAAGGCCAUCAACAGUGUGUCUGGGCUCUAUGACAUGGCAACAAGGACAAUACCUGUGACAUGUGGUCCCUUGGAACUAACCAUUGUGGGACCAGACUUUGUGACUGUGGGCGUGCCAUGCAGUUUUGACUGUACCGCCCAGUGCUCUCCUUCCUGUAGCUACAGAAUGAGUAUCGACGGGCAGAUUGGACAGGGGAACGAGCUGUUCUUCACAGCUCGCCAAUGGGAAGAGUCCCUAAACCUCACAUGCACCGCAAGGAAUGAUGACUCUGGGAGGUCCUCUACAGUAUCUAAGAUACUGCAGGUUUUAGCUGGACCAACCAACGUAUCGAUCACAGGCCCUGACUUGAUGACCCAAGGGGCCCCACAAAGCUUCCAGUGUUACGCCGACUGCCGUCAGUCCUGCAACUACACAUGGGGGAUAAAUGGCCGAUGGCUCGGGGGACAGGGGAACGAGAUUACUGUAACUCCCGAAGAAUUGGCCACCUCUGUUACCCUGAACUGCAAGGCCAUCAACAGUGUGUCUGGGCUCUAUGACAUGGCAACAAGGACAAUACCUGUGACAUAUGGUCCCUUGGAACUAACCAUUGUGGGACCAGACUUUGUGACUGUGGGCGUGCCAUGCAGUUUUGACUGUACCGCCCAGUGCUCUCCUUCCUGUAGCUACAGAAUGAGUAUCGACGGGCAGAUUGGACAGGGGAACGAGCUGUUCUUCACAGCUCGCCAAUGGGAAGAGUCCCUAAACCUCACAUGCACCGCAAGGAAUGAUGACUCUGGGAGGUCCUCUACAGUAUCAAAGAUACUGCAGGUUUUAGAUGAUGGAAAAUCCAUGGCCACACAGGCUGAACAGACUAUAGACCUGCUUCUGUUCACAUUCACACUCUCACUCUACACCGUAAUAUCAACAUAAUCCAGGAAAAGGUGCUUUUAUACAAGGAAGUGAUCUGUUCACCACAUGCAUAUCUGAAUAAUUUGAAAACAUGUCAUCAUUAUUACAGACAGUGAUGGAACAUGUGGUUUAUUGGUAAAGAACAAAGAACAAACAGUGCCUCUCAUAUCAGGAUGUUAACGAUAUUUGCUGAUGAUAAGUGAAGUGGAAAGGCUUGGCUGAAUCUUUCACUAUCAAAGCACUACGUGUGUUUGUGCAAGUAUCAUGUAUAGCCUAUUUGGAUUAAAUAUUUAAUAAAGACACAUAUACAUUAA